ACGCCUCUAUAACCUAUAUUAAUAUAUUUUAUUCGCCUAUGAGUUUCCAAAUUUUCAAUGUGUGAUUUAUAGUCAUACAGUUUUUUUUAUCCUUGUUUGUUCACUUCACUGGACUUAAAUACUUUAUAGCGGAUUGGAGUACUGGAAUUUGGAACCAUAGUCCAUUCUAAACUUCUAUGUGUCUGCCACUGCGACCGGAAUACGUAUAAAACGUUAUAUGCGGAGUGCUUUUAAGUUUUGACGCCAUCUGUGGAUCACCACCUCGUCGUUGUCGUAUAUUGAUUGACAACAGACUUGGUCGAAAGUUUAUGUGGAUCAUUAUCUGCCGUCUUUAUUUGAAAAAUCAAUUGUUAAUAAUAUUUUAAACUAUGGAUUCGUUAUUAUUGGAUGUACUUUGUUCAAAAUAUUCAGACUCUGAAGCACCGAUAUCAGUUAUUACAGAGAUCUUAUCAAAAAAUGACUCUUCAAAAUUUAAAAAUAUCUCUGAUGAAUUUGGCAAAUUAGGGUUUACCAAAGUGAAGGAUUUGGCUCGAGCAACCCUUAGGAAAGCCAGCUCGGUUAAAUUGUCAAGAGUUACCCUAAGGCAGCUUUAUGGGGCUAUGAAGAUAUAUAGCGAACGCCUAGAUAAGUUUCUAUACUCUGCCAAAUCAGAACAUAAAAAUGGAAAUUACAAAGAGACCCAAAAAAAAUGUAAAGAAUUACUUAGACAUCAACCGAAAGACUUAAAUGUUAUACUGCUUUAUGCCAAUUCAUUUUUAAACUGCGAAAAUUAUGAAGAAUGUAUUGACUGUUUAGAAAAAGCAAAUGAAAUUAAUCCCAAUUGUUCAGAAGUUUUAAAUACCUUUGCAUUAGUUUAUAUGAAAAAAUCAGAAAAUGAUAAAGCAAAAGAAUACUUAUUUAAAGUAUGUACAUUAGAACCUUCUUCAGUAGAUGCAUGGUCAGAUUAUGCUGAUUUUUUAUUUGAGACAAAUGACUUAAUCACAGCUGAAUUUGCUUAUUUACGUAUUUUACAUAUACAACCGGAAUUUUAUAAAGCACGUAAUCAGUACGGAAAACUACUAUUAAAACUAAACAAAAUAAAAGAGGCUAAAAAUCAAUUUAAGAUUGGCCUUAAGAAUGUAAAAGAAUGUCCAGAAAUAUUAAACAAUUUAGCGGAUGUAUAUUAUAAGUGCGGUAAAUUUGAAAAAUCAAUUUUCAAAUAUAAACAACUUUUAGAAAUAAAUCCCAAUCUGGCGAAUGUUUAUUAUAUGUUGGGAAUGGCCCAUAUAAAAGUUGAAGAGUACCAAAAUGCAUCAAAUGCAUUUAAGAAAGCAAUAGCACUAGAACCUGAAAAUAUAUCUUUUUUAAGAAAGUUAGCAGUUACAUACUGUCUCCUAGAUAAUAUGGAUUUGUGUGUUAAAACGUACAAAAAGUGUUUAAACAUCAAGCCUGAAGACUUUAAUUUAAAUUUAAAACUGGCUCUAGUGUAUUUGAAUUACUUUCAAAAUUAUCACAAAGCUGAAAUAUAUCUUAAAAAAUGUAUAGAGUUAAAUCCGGAUAGAAUUGACCUGUAUGAAAUGAUUUUUGAAGCAUACACAAAAUCUAACGAUCAUUUAAAUGCGUCUGAUGCUUGCAUGUCCAUAGGGGAUUUGUAUCUGGAAAAGGAUGAUCAAGAAAAUGCAAGAAAUGCAUUCUGUUGUGCGGUACUUAUGAACCCAGGGAAUGCAUUUGGUUAUUGGAAAAUGGGCCUAACCUUGUAUAAACUGGGACAUUUGGAUUUGGCUCUUGAAAAAUACAAACAUGCUAUAGCAAUAAAGAAGGACUUUUCUGAUGCCUAUUGUGAUAUGGGGGUAAUACAUCAUGAACGUGGACUUCUCGAACAAGCUAAAGGAUAUUACCAAUUAGCAAUCCAGUUAAGUGCAAAUGAUCAUAUCAACGCUCGGUUUAAUUUGAAAAAAAUUUUAAAGUACCAAUUGGAUCUUGCUAUGACAGACAGUAAAAAGCAAUAGAAUAUGACAAUACGCCUGUCAAGUAGAUGUAAUUUGAUAUUCUACAUCUUCAAACGACAAUAUUCCAUCCUGGUUAAAUGACUGAAAUAUUUGCUUUGAGUCCGGCUCCAAAACAAGUUUCAUGGAUUGGUUAGCUUAGUACCAGUGGUGCAACAUUCAUGGAUUACUUCAUUACAAAUAAUAUAUGUUCUCCUCUAGAACUUCAAAAUGUAUAUACUGAACAAUUGGCAUACUAUUUUUGUUGUUGACCACAAACAGAAGUUUUCUAAUUUACACCAUACACAUAAUUAAUUAAUUUUUUUAAUCCAUAUUUGUUAAUUUUUUCUUAAUAUAUAUUAUUA